UUGUCAACACGUAUCAUUAACACACAGUGAACCAAGACGUUUAUAAUGUUACCGUUUUACACGUUUAUUAUAUUUAUCGGCACCGUAGUUUGUUUGUUAUAUUAUUAUUUAAAAAAGAAACUUAAUUAUUGGAAGGAGAGGGACGUUCCACACGUAAAGCCGUUAUUAAUUUUCGGUAAUUACUUAGACUAUAUUUUUCUCCGAAAACCUGCGUUGGAAGUAGCUGACGAGCUGUGUAAGAAUUUGCCGGAUGAACCCUACUUCGGAGUCUACUUUGGCAGCGAUCCUGCUCUUAUGGUUAAGGACCCUGAACUAAUAAAACUUAUAUUGUCAAAGGAUUUCUACUACUUCAACAUGAGGGAGAUCGCUGAUUUUAUCCAUAACGAACCGGUUACUCAGAAUAUGUUUUUCGGAGGUGGAGACAGGUGGAGGGUGAUAAGACAGAAUUUGAGUCCCCUUUUUUCGUCCAUCAAAUUAAAAAGUAUGUUUUAUAUCAUCGAAAACUGUGCUAAGACUAUGGAAGCUACUAUCCGUGAAGAAAUGAACGAGUCCAGAACCUUUGAAGUUAAAUCUCUUCUGACGAGAUAUACGAUAGAUUGCGUUGGAUCUUGUGUGUUUGGGGUUAACACCGGCACACUUGGAAAGAAUUAUGAUAAAAACCCAUUUACACUUAUUGCAGGACAAUUAUUUGAUGUUACAAGUUACGGAGGAUUUAAACUGGUCACUCGCGCCAUGUGGCCGUCGAUAUUCUACGGAUUAGGUCUGAAAAUGUUUUCAGACAAUGUCAAUAAUUUUUUCAGCAAUCUAUUGAUUGGAGUUUUUGAAAGUCGCGACCAUAAAGAGUCUGGUAGGCACGAUUUCGUUGAUUUAUUAUUGAAUUGGAAACAAAAAGACUUUUUGUGUGGCGAUAGUAUUACCAACAUGAAGACUGGGGAGAAAAAAACUAUACAACUGAACAUCGACGAAGGUCUGAUUAUUGGACAGUGCGCUUUACUCUUUGCUGCUGGUUAUGAAACGACGGCGACAACAACUAGUCUACUUUUGUACGAACUGGCUAAGAAUAAAGAUGUUCAGGCACGAGUUAUUGAUGAGGUGGACGAAUAUUACAAGAGACACCAUGGCAAAAUAGAAUUCGAAGCUAUAAAUGAAAUGCCAUAUCUCCAAGCAUGUAUAGACGAGACGCUAAGGUUCUAUCCGGUGUUGGGUCUUCUCACGAGAGAGGCAGUUGAAGGCUACACUCUGCCGACAGGUCUCCACUUACCGAAAGGUACUCGUAUCCACAUACCGGUCUAUCAUAUCCAUCACAACCCAAAAUACUUCUCAGAACCAGAGAGGUGGCUUCCGGAACGUUUUUACGGCGAAGGAAAACACUUUAUUACGCCAUUUACCUAUAUGCCAUUUGGAGAAGGACCUAGAGUAUGCCUAGGAAAGCGGUUUUCAAAGAUGCCUAUGUAUGCCGGGCUUCUGACUAUAUUCAAGAACUACGAACUCGAGUUGGACCCAAAGACUCCGAGUUCGUAUAAAUUCCAACCCAGAACUUUUGUAACGCAAGCGCUUGGAGGAAUAUUCCUAAAAUUUAUUCCCCGAAAGUAAGGGAGCUGGAGUGUCGUAAAGAAUGAAUUUUUAAUACAUUUGUAUCAUGACACAAUAAAAUUGAAUAGAUGAAUAAUAAAAAAAAACUAAGUAAAAUAAUUAGUCAUAUAAUUUUUAUUUUUUGUAUGCCACGUGGAUCUAUGAAAUGAAAUUUAUUUGAUUUAAUCGUAUACAACGCAGAAAUAUAGAUUUUUAUAUAUAACUUAUAUUUAUUUAUUUAGAAUUAAUAAAAUUCUUGAUUGCUUCGUG